AUGCCCGAGAGUUGGUUUUACACAGGAUUAACUUACUUGAUUCCAAAAAAGGAUGAUUGUGAGAAUCCAAAGGAUUUACGUCCUAUAACGUGUAUGCCAACUUUGUACAAGCUUGUAACGAAGUGUGUGAAUGUUAAACUCUCUGAUUUUGUGGAUGGAUUUGGGCUGAUUUCAGACAAUCAACUUGGAACCAGAAAGCAAUGUCAGGGUGCGAAAGAGCAGGCACUUAUUAAUCAAUGCCUGAACAAGGAAUAUGGAAACAGUCUGUACUCUGCUUGGGUGGAUGUAAAGAAAGCCUUUGACUCGGUUGAUCACCAAUUUUUAUUCCACAUAUUGGACAGCUCUGGAAUUCCACUCUGGAUUAUUAACUUUGUGAAAAGUAUAGUCAAGAAGUGGAAAGUAAAUCUACAUCUUGAUGGAAGGAAAAUUGGUUCAGUAAAGCUAACCCGAGGAAUUUUACAAGGAGAUUCAUUAUCCCCAUUGCUAUUUGUUAUGGUAAUGGAUCCCCUAAGCAGGAUCCUGAACUCUAAAUUCCCCAAAUUGCAAAUUAAUCAGGAGGAUCUAAAUAUGUUGACAUAUUCUACCAAUCACCUAUUUUUUAUUGACGAUCUAAAGAUAUUUGCUCUUAAAGAGGACAGUGUUAUUAAAAUGAUGGAAGCUGUUAAAGAAUUUUUUGACAUCGUUGGCCUGGAGAUGAACUCUGAAAAAUCGGCCUCUAAUGUCAAAUCUUUAUCAUGCUGUGAGACUUUGGAAGGAAUCAAUGGAUAUCGCUAUUUGGGCGUAUUUGAAGAUGGAGGAAGUAAUGUCCUCAAGAAUAAACCAUAUGAAUUUGAUGACAUUGAUAAACAAAUACGUCGACUGCUCAUGACACUCAAGUUACAUCUCCAGCCUGCAAAUAAAGAAAGGCUGUAUUUAGACCGCAAAACUUUUGGAAGAGGACUUGCCUCUAUCUCGUUCAAGAGCGAAUUAAUACUCAUGCAAUUCCUUAAAAGCUUGGAAAAACAGUCGGCUGUGUGUUUGCGAAGGUCGGGGAUUCUGCGAGUUAUUAAAACAAAGAAAUGGCAUUUGGCUACAAUCGCAGGAUUUCUUACCUCUAAAUACGCUAUUGCUGACACAGAAAGCAUAGAUAUUAAUUCUCUCAAAGACAUUCAGAAAAAAUAUUUGCUAAACAAAAUAAAGUCCAACUCACUACACUCUGUUAUGUUCAAAUGCCUGGAUGAAUCAAAUGUCGAUCUUUCUACUUCCUCAGAAUGGUUAGCCAAAGGAAAUAAUGGCCCCCGAAGUGAAGCAUUAUACUGCCUUCUGCAAGAUAGAAAUUUGUUUUUUGCAAACACGAGGCCGUUAUGCAAUCAUUGUAAAAAAAGUAAACAAACUGUUGAUCAUCUGGCCACUCAGUGUGGUAAAAUGCUCAAUAGCGAUUAUCUCCGAAGACAUGACGAGGUGGUUAAAUGUGUCCAUCUUCAUAUUUGUCGAAUGUAUGGAAUCAAAAAGAACAGGAAAUUAAAGACUCAUUCAGUUCAGUCGAUAUUGUCAACUCAAAAUGUAGAAAUUAGAGUUGACACGUCAAUUAUAACAGAAAAUAAAGUCAACUUCAAUAAACCGGAUAUCUUUGUUUAUGACAAGAUUAAAAAGGAAAUAACCUUAAUCGAGGUGGGCAUAACAUCUCAGGACCGCUUAAAACAAGUGGAAGUUGAGAAACUUCACAAAUAUGAUUUCCUUGCAAAUGAACUAUCACUACUCUACGAAUGCCAAGUUAAAAUUAUUCUCGUGGUUCUGACCUGGGAUGGUGUUGUCACAAGAUGCUUCAAAAAUUAUAUGGAUAAACUAUAUAUUGAAAAAUCUACAAUGACAUACAUCCAAUCGGUUGUGCUCAAAAGGACGCUAGAGAGCAUGAUAAUUGAACACAAGCAUGGAAUGAAGAUAACUGGCGAGGAAUAUGCCUCUGCGACCGAUCAACUAGUAGAAAUGGCAUGCCGCCAGGACACUCCAUUCAAAGAUAAAAGACGCACAACAACUGACGCAGAGAUAGAGAAUGAAGAGGAACAAGCAGCAGACUCUUCUCCUAAAAGGAGAAGAGAGACUACCAAUCAGGAUUGA